AUGGACAAGUCCAGGUUCGUUGAACUGCUGAAGGGGCUGCAGACUUCAGAAAAUGCCGUGCGACAGCAAGCAGAGACAAUGUACCAGACUGCAAAGCAAGCAGAGCCCGACAACCUCAUAAUAGGAAUGAUGGCCGUCUUGGGAAGCGCAGACGUGCCCGAGGGCGUUCGGAGGCACGACUGCGUCCUCUUGCGCCAGCUGGUAACCAGGGGGGCUGAGAAGGAUUUCGUCUAUGCCAGGAUAACCGAUGCACACAAGCAGGAGGUUGCAGCGGAGCUCUUGCGGCAGUACGAGCAGGAGAAAUUGCCAGCGAUACAGAAGAAGAUUGGCGAGGUGAUCUCCAAAUUGGCAGACUACGUUUGCGACACGGAUGAUCCCAGAGCGAGCCUGGGAGCACCGUCCGGCUGGCCGGCCUUGCUACCACAGGUCUUCCGAAUGGCUGAUACGAGCACAGCCACUUCAGUCGAGAGCUGUGAGUCAGCUCUUCGGCUCCUGAAGGACUGCGUGCCGACGCUGAAGGAUCAGAUUGUUGCAGCCAAGCAGCAGUUGGGCCAAAUCAUUCAGAACGGCUUAGCAUCGCCGCAGGUCAAACACAAAGUAGCAACCUUCCUCCUGGUCUGUGAGAUUGUGACUGAGACGGAAAAGAAAGCUUGGGCGCCUCUACUUUCCACCGUCAGCGUCCUCGUGCAGGCCAAGCUUCUCACAAGAUAG